AUGCGUAGAACAAACACUGAAGUUGACAAUUUUAUCGUACCCUCGGUUCUCAAAGCAUGUUGUCUUAUCCCUUCAAUGUUGCUAGGACAAGAGUUGCAUGGUUUUGUGGUGAAAAAUGGCUUUCAUGGGGAUGUUUUUGUGUGUAAUGCUUUAAUCAUGAUGUACAGUGAAGUUGGAAGCUUGGAUUCGGCACGACUUUUAUUUGAUAAGAUUGAGAACAAAGAUGUUGUUUCUUGGAGUACUAUGAUUAGGAGCUAUGAUAGGAGUGACUUGUUUGAUGAAGCAUUGGACCUUUUGAGAGAUAUGCUUGUAAUGGGAGUGAGGCCUAGUGAAACUGCAAUGUUAAGCAUCACACACGUCUUGGUAGAAAUUGCUGAAUUGAAAUUGGGAAAAGCCAUGCAUGGUUAUGUGAUAAGGAAUGUGAAGUAUGGGAAAUCAAAAGUUCCUCUAAGUACUGGUUUGAUUGAUAUGUACGUUAAAUGUGGAAAUUUAGCUUAUGCAACAAAGAUUUUUUAUGGCUUGUCUAAUGCUAGUAUCAUUUCAUGGACUGCUAUGAUUGCAGGCUACAUUCGUUGCAAUAACUUGAAUGAAGGUGUAAGACUCUUUGUCAAAAUGCUUGAAGAGGGUAUGUUUCCAAAUGAGAUAACAAUCCUUAGUUUGGUCAAAGAAUGUGGCAUUGCAGGUGUUCUUGAACUAGGAAAGUGGCUACAUGCUUUCACAUUAAGAACUGGGUUUACCAUGUCUUUGGUUCUUACCACCGCUUUUAUUCACAUGUGUCAACAUGUAAUUUUGUCCGAUUAA